ACCCCCUCGUUCGUCGUUCGUCUCUUCCGCUCAUAUCAUCCUCCCCGCGUGUCUAGCUCGUCGUGUGGUCAACUUUGCGCUAUCGUGGCAUCGUCGCUGCGAAGUAAGCUGCGGAAGGUGCUGGUCGUAUCGCGAACGUGUGUGUUUCGCGGUGUCUCCCUCUCUCUCUCUUUCUCUCUCUCUUUUUCCUCUUCCUCCGCGCACGAUAUCAUCCGGUAUUUCGAUACCGCUACCAUCUAUAGACCCGUAACAUACUUUUACGUCGCGGUUAAGCUCGCGAAAUCGACCACGUGACAGCCGCGCCGCUCUUGCGCACGGAAGCAACCGGGGAACUUCCUCGCUCCGUGUGAAGUUAGCCCCGCGUCUCUCGCUUCCCCGACCAGUCGCGGCGCGCGACUACGUUCGGAAGUUCGCUGCGGUUCCCUCCCCUCCCGCGCGAUUGCAGUCUCCUUUUACGGGCCUCUCGAGUCUCGUCGCGGCGAGUGAAUCAAUCCCGGCGAAGGAAUCUCGUUUCCGUCGUCGCGUUCUCGUGUGUGUCUCAAGAGGAAGGACCCCGACGAGAGAGGAUCAUCCCGGACCCGAGAGCGACAAUGAAGGACGAAGCCCGCAACGAGAAACCGCAGGAGGUUAUCGCGAUCCCCGCCGUCGCGGAAGACGAACCAGCAUCUGGGAAACUACCGGCCUCGAGAUCCAACGACCUCGCGCAAGUCACCUCAGUACCGUUGAUGCAGUGUGGCUCUCUGGAGAUCGGCGAGGAACGCCAGCGUCGGGUCGCUAUGAUGGAGUCGCUCUGCCAGGUGAACGGCAGUAAAACCAACAACAUCAACAAUGAAGAGCUUAAUAACGAAACCAACAAUAACAGCACUAAUAUUAACAACAACAACAACGACGACAAUACCCACAAUAAUAACAAUAACAACAGCAACAACAAUAGCACCGAUUGCCCGGAUCCCCAGCAGAGAUUGGCGGUGCUGAGCUUCGAGCAGGUCCGCCGUCUGAACGAUGUGAUGAACGAGGUCGUCAGCAUACAUGGCCGAGGAAACUUCCCCACUUUGGAGGUACGAUUGAGGGAUCUCGUGACGGUGGUGCGUAGCAAGCUAGAGACCGAUCCGAGCAACGGGGGCGCUGGCAUGAGGGUACGCGAUAUCCGGUUGAACGGCGGUGCCGCCUCCCACGUGCUGGCUACCGAAUCCCAGCCCUAUAACGACCUGGACCUUAUCUUCGCGGUCGAGUUGUCUAGCGGCCGUAAUUACGACAAGGUCAAGGCCGCGGUGCUCGGCUCCCUGUUCGACUUGCUGCCAGAAGGCGUGAGCCGCAAACGCAUCACCACAUGCAGCCUGAAGGAGGCCUACGUGAGCAAGAUGGUGAAAGUGAACAACGACGGCGACCGAUGGUCUUUGAUAUCCCUCGGCAACUCCCGAGGUCACCGGAAUGUCGAGCUCAAGUUCGUCGACUCGAUGAGGCGACAGUUUGAGUUCUCCGUCGAUUCCUUCCAGAUUGUCCUCGACUCUCUGUUGCUGUUUUACGAAUGCAGCAAGCUGCCGAUCGCCGAGAACUUUUAUCCGACCGUGGUAGGCGAGUCCGUCUACGGUGAUUUCCAAGAGGCGCUUUACCAUCUGCAUAAGAAGCUCAUCUCGACGAGGCAUCCCGAAGAGAUACGCGGCGGCGGUUUGCUCAAGUACUGCAACUUAUUGGUGAAGAUGUAUAAACCGUCGCAGCCAGAUUAUAUCAAGACCCUCGAGCGAUACAUGUGUUCGAGAUUCUUCAUCGACUUCCCGGAUAUAGGACAGCAGCGCUCUAAACUUGAAAACUACUUGUGGAAUCACUUUGUCGGACCCGAAGAGGAGGCUCUCAAGUACCAGUACCUGAUGCUGUUGCACAGUGUCGUCGAGGAAUCGACCGUAUGCCUGAUGGGCCACGAGCGACGACAGACGCUCUCCCUGAUCCAGAAUCUUGCUUACCAGGUGCUCUGCCAGGAGCAGCAGCAGCGGCUGACGAGUCAUCAACAAGCGCCGCAGGGUCCUCCUGCCACCUAUGUCUACGCCAACGGCUAUUAUUACGCGCCCGUGAUACCCACCGCGGCGUGUUACACGUGCACCUGCAACUGGAUGGCAUGCUCGUCGUGAUGCGACGGCAUCGACGAUAACGCCGUACCCGCUGCCGCCAC